GCGGGGGGCGGACGGGAGGGGACCGUGUCUCUUCCCCGCACCGCCGGGCCAGCGACACGGAGGCUCCCGGCUCGCUGCCGCCCCGCCAUGGCUCCCAGCUCCGAGCGGCUCUUCGACUCUCUGGGACACUUCGGCAGAUUCCAAGCAUUUGUCUAUUUUGCAUCUGUCUUUCAAGCUAUGUCAUGUGGUAUCCACUAUUUAGCUUCUGUGUUCAUGGCUGUUACUCCUAACUUUGUAUGUGAUAUCCCUGGAAAUGUGAGUAAUGUUCUCUCCUACAACUCCUCUGGAUCAAGUAUAGAGGAUAUCUGGACACUAUGGACAUCAACAGAAAAUUACAUCGUGGUCCAGCUGGAAGAUGGAGAAACUUGGGAACUUAAUCAAUGUAGCAGGUCCAAACGAGAAGUCAGUUCGGCUCUCACAUACGAAUAUGAAGGCAACAAGUCUGAAUUUUCUUGUUCUGAUGGAUUUCUCUAUGAUCAUACUAAAUGGAAGAGCACUAUUGUUACAGAGUGGGAUUUGGUCUGUGACCGAGAAUGGCUUGCAAAAUUAAUUCAGCCUACAUUCAUGCUUGGAGUCUUGAUUGGAGCAGUGAUUUUUGGUGAUAUUGCUGACAGAAUGGGAAGACAACGUGUUAUAUGGUUCACGAGUGCUGGUCAGUUUGUAUUUGGUGUUGCGGUGGCGUUCACAUUUGACUACUACAGUUUUGUGGUUGUGCGCUUUCUCCUUGCUAUGGUUUCAAGUGGCUAUCUGGUUGUGGCUUUUGUUUAUGUGACUGAAUUUGUUGGCACUAAAGCUCGAACCUGGGCUUCUAUGCAUGUCCAUGCUUUUUUUGCUGUGGGAGUUAUGGUUGUGGCACUCGUGGGAUUUUUGGUUCGGACCUGGUGGGUCUAUCAGAUAUUUCUCUCCAUAACAACUCUUCCCUUUGUCUUGUGCUGCUGGAUGCUCCCAGAAACACCUUUUUGGCUACUGUCAGAGGAAAGAUACGAAGAUGCACAAAAAGUAAUUAAUAUAAUGGCAAGAUGGAACAAAGUAAACACUCCUUGUAAAAUUUCUGAACUCUGCUCAGUCCAACAAGACGAUCUAGUCAGUGGCAGAAUGGGUAAUAAUAACGUAUCUUCAACGAAGAAGCACAACAUCCUCUAUCUGUUUUGUAAUUGGCACAUUGCAAGAAGGACCAUUACAGUCUGGCUGGUCUGGUUCACUGGGAGUUUAGGAUACUACGUAUUCUCCCUGAGUUCGGUCAAUCUAGGAGGCAAUGAGUAUUUAAAUCUGUUUCUCAUAGGUGCUGUGGAGUUGCCUUCCUAUGUCAUUGCUUGCAUUGGGAUGGACAAACUGGGAAGGAGAAACACACUCAUUCCGUUCCUUUUAUCAAGUGCACUGAUUUGUGUUUUAAUUAUGUUCAUACCUCAGGAUUUCAAUAUAUUAAUUAUCUUAGCAAAUAUGGCUGGAAAAUUUUCAAUAGGAGUGGCAUUUGGCCUUAUCUAUCUCUACACAGCAGAACUGUAUCCAACAAUUGUAAGGUCACUUGCUGUUGGAAGUGGGAGCAUGAUGUGCCGUGUAGGAAGUGUCGUCGCUCCUUUCUGUGUAUAUCUGAGAAGCGUCUGGAUUUUCAUGCCACUUUUGCUUGUUGGAAUCAUGGCUCUUCUGAGUGGAAUAUUAACAAUAAUGCUUCCAGAAACUCUUGGAAAACCAUUGACUAAUACUUUCGUGGAAGCUACAGAAAUGGGAAGAAACAAAGAAAACUGUUCAGGGAAGACUCCUCCAGAAAAGAUAGAGAUGUUUGGUCAAGAAACAGCCAGCACUGAGAAAUAAAGCAACAGCAAAAUGGCUGUUCCUGAUUUUAAUCAUUAUAUAAUUCUUAAGGUCAUUUUAUUCAAGAAAUGUGACCGUACUAUAAUAUCUGUGCCUUUUAAUUUGUAUCCAGUCUUCCCUUUUCAAUAGAGCAAGUAUACAAAGCCUUUUCCAUGUGACUCAGGUCCUGCAGAAAUGUUGAUGGGAUUUCCAGAUCCUCUCUCAAACUUUCUCAGAAUUUAGAAAACCUAUCUGACUUGUUUUGACCAGUUGGAAUGACUAUAAAUUUUGAAAGCUACCUGAUUAUACAUAUACACAAAAAUAUGUCAAUUCUUUGCUUCAGAUUCUUUGCAGUUACAUUUGUAAACGCACCACAAAAUGCCCUGUCCAUCCUUGUCCUAUUGCAAUCAACAAUUACAGGAUUCAGACAUCAGACCAUGGUAAACUCAAACACAUAGUUAUAAUUCAACAGAGAAGACUUAAUAUUGCAUCAAGUCAUACCAAUAAUUUCAAAGCUAAACUAAUCUAUUCCAUUUAUUUUUCAAAUUUGCUACUGGAAAAGCUGCCAUUUUUAGUAAAGAAAGUAUUCUGUGGAACAGCUUCUGACAGAAACAGUAAUAUUAGAUUUGCAGAAUGUGCAAAUAGUUUGUAUACUAUUCAUUCUGUUGAAUGGCAGAUGUAUUUUUCUUAGUGGUUUAGAAAAAAUUAUUCACUGGAUCCGUUGCUGUCUUGGUAAAUUCUUUUUCGUUUAGGUAACACCUGAUGCCUUUGAAAAUCGUAUUCAUUCCAGACUGUUAUUUCAGCACACUCUUCUCACUUAUUUCAGCUCAGAUCUAGCAUCAGAUUCUUCAUAACUUUUAAGAGUUACACCAGCAGCUUUGCCAAAUGCCUGCAACAAGGCCUAGUCCUGCCAAGUCCUCAGUGAAAUAGAAUAAAUGGCAUGUAGGUCUUACUCAGGCUCUCUCUACAGAGGUGGAUUUAAUUAUGACAAAUGAUUGGCAGACACAGUACCUACACACCAUUUUUAUCAUAGGUCAGCUCUCUGUAGCUCCAUUUUUUCCUCAUACUAUACAAAAUCAGAUACAAAAUUAGAAAUUGAAAAUAUGGCAGCUGGAAGAAACUGAUCAACAGACAGGCUUAAGUACCACCUCCAGGUAGUUUUAGUCCAACUGUCUGUGAGCAUCACACUGUUGUCACACCUUGUGUGUGCAUCAAUACUUACCUGCUGGUGCAGCGAUCGUGUCUGAUGACUGUGGACCAUAGAAAACGAAUACAGCUCUGAAUACAUUAUUCUGGCUGCUGCUUUUAUGGCUUCUUGUCCCAGCUCUCCUUCUUCAAUGUACCUCCAGACCCGGGUAUUUCUUCCCCUCCUGUAUCCUCAUCUCUCCAUCACCCUUGAGUUGAGGCAGGCAGCCCAGAAAGCUUGUGUAUGUCUGGGUUGAGGGAGCCCUCCACUGUCUGGGCUGUGUGAACUCUGUCAUCUCCAGACUGAAAUAAUAAUUUUUCUUGUCCUAGACACCUUUUCUCGAGCUAGCUGGUACAACCUCAUCAAAACAAGUCUUCCCUUUUUGACUUCUUGGCCAUGUACCCUGAAUUAAGACAUCUAAAUUACUGUAGCUAAAUAUUCUAUAUGCUGUAUAAGUCACUGUUCACAUUUUUUCUGUUACGUCUGCACGGUCAUAUUAUUUUCAAUGACUUCUAAAACCAGAAUUUGGUCUAUAUCUGUUUAAAAAGAAAAUAAAGAUUUUCUCUUCAACCACUGCAUGGUCCUGGAGUACCAAGUAGCAUUUUGGUCUUGGAUUUAGGACGAGAUCAUAUCCUAUGUGAGGUCUAAUGUGUUUCAAAGCCAAACAAAAAUCAACAAGUUUAAAUUUAGGGAGUUUCUGUGUGAGAAUUCCAUGUAAAGCUGAAUGGUAUCUCUAUUUUCCCCCCGAGUUAUGUGGGUGUUCCAAUAUUUACAGAGAAAACCUCAGAAGAGAACUGUGUAGAAUAUUAUGGCUUCUGUCCAGAGAUAUUAAUUCAGCAAAAGCAUGUGCUUAACCUUAACCAUGUGAGUAAUCCCAUCAUUAUUCAGAGGAGUGCUUGAAUACACACUUUGAUGACUAAAGAUGGAAUUACUCACAUGCUAUGGCUUUUUAUUUUGCUGAAGAGCAGACCUAGUAUUCUUCCACUACUUUUCCCCUCCAUUCCCCAGGGCAGAGCAGCUGUCCUUAUCUGCAGCAUCCGCUUCCAAACCCUGCACGCCCUGCCUUUAACAAGGGCUUAACAGUGCUGCAAAGGAAAAUGUCUUGCAAAAGUCCGGACUGGCUGACAUUACAACUACCCUCCCCCACAAAGCUCCAAGUAGUUGCAUUAUCUAGGGUUAUUUCACACUGAUACUCCUCCUUUUUUAGCACAUGGUCCUAUCUAAAACACCUUAGUCUUGAGUGCUGGGGACAGUACAGUAUGUUUCUAACAAGCUACUAAAGAAAGAUUAAAAUUAAUUUCUUGACUUCCUUACCUGAGUGCAGAAAAUUUGUUUUGGGGAUUAUCCUUCUGUGAACAGUCAAUGUAUGUUAUCUAUUACUUUGACUUGAGUGACUUGAGACCAGGUCUUCUGUAAUCAGAAUAUGGAAGGUAAAGAAAAAAAGAAAAAAGCAAAGACCUAAAUACUCAAGGAUACCUGAACAAUCCUUACAGGCUACAAUUUUUUAAUGAUAAUUCUGACACAAAAUGUAGCUUGUUGGCUUUUAACCCUUAAAACCUGUUCCUCCUGUCACUGAAGCCAGUUGUUAUUUGGUCUUUGAUUCAACUGAGACCUGGAUUUUCUCUGAACUAAUGAUGUCACUUUUUCCUGGAAAUAAAAUGUUUGUUGUCCUACAGGUACACCUUUUGUGAUUUAAUGCAUGAGUAGCUUUGAGGAUGCUCUGGGGUACCCUAUUCUUUUAGCUGAAGAAGCUUAUUACUGUAAAAAGGAAAUAGCAUGUGUAUGUCUGUCUGUAGCAUUUCUGUUUGCUUGGUUUUUCCAUGUUGACAAGGAUAUGUUUAACACUAGUAUUACAUUAUAAAUGUACUGUAGAAAGGAUGAGUAGAUUUCUUUCUUUCAUAUAUUCCUAAAUUAUCUGAAUCCUCUUUAAAGAGGUAACUGAAUUUGUGAAAAAAUGCUUCUAUUCCUUUGGAGCAUAUUUUUUCCUCGUUGCUCAUUAAAAAGAAUUCUUUUUCAUAGUUUCUUAUUUGAGUCCUUAAAUUUUUUUAUGUUUGUAUUUGUCAUCUCUAUCUCAGUGCAAAUUUCUUAGGCUGAUCAAUAACUCUGGAAAUAUAUAAUGGCUUGAUAAGAUAUUGGAUUUGAAUUCUGAUCUGCCUUAAUUGCUGGUUAUCAUUACAUUAUUGCUACAAUAACAAAUGUUUUUGUCCUAAAUUGAUAUCAUGUUUUAUUAGACAGAUUUGCAGUUUGUCAUGGGCCUACUUUCUGGGUUAAAUAAUGGGAAUGAGAGGAAUUAUUAUUACCUUAAUGCUAACUAAAGAAAAAAAAGUAAGUAAAUGUGUUUGAUAUUUUGAAUCUACUGUAUUUUAAAACUACACUAAAAGGCAUGUUUUCUACUUGAA